GAAGAACGGCUCCCUAUAUCUCAUCCCCAAAAUUUGGCGGCACCAAAGCCGCAGCCCAUAUUCUCUAUCUUCCGUCCCCGGAGAGAAGCCAAAGCCACCCACCACCACCCGAUUCCUCGUCUUCAUAGAUUUCCGCAAACCAAAUCAAUUCGGAUUCUUAUUCUUAUCACUGUGGAUUCAGAACUUUGAAUCUUUAAAUUCCGUACUCCGUUAUUGUGGUUUUCUUCCUGCGUAGAUGCAGAGAAACGCCAAUGGGGUUCUCCGACGCCAAGUUCUCCCUCUCCAGCCUUCUCUGCCACGAAGACUCAUCUUCGUUGAGCGAACAGGUCGCCGCCGUCGAUAAUGAUCCAUAUAGCUUGAACCCCUGCUCUGUUUCCGAGCAGGGGGAAGACGAAUAUGUCGAGAAGUUGAUUCGGGAAGAACCCACUUGUCUUGGGUCGAGAAGCCCAUCAUACCCCGAUGACGCUUCAUCGUCCCUGGGCAAAGAAUGGCUGAAAUGCGCUAGAUUGGAUGAGAUCGAAUGGAUUCUCAAGACCCGAACACACUUUGGGUUCCAUUUCCGUACAGCUUAUGUAUCUGUGAUUUACUUCGAUCGGUACCUUUCAAGAAAACCCAUUGCUAAUGGGAAAUUUUGGGCUGUUCGAUUAUUAUCAGUGGCGUGUUUGUCUUUAGCGGCAAAGAUGGAAGAGCGUACAGCACCCGCACUAUCUGCAUAUCCAGCGGAAUCCGGUUUUGGAAGCAGUGCGAUUCAGAGAAUGGAAUUGCAAGUCUUGAAUGCCUUGGAAUGGAGAAUGGCUUCAAUCACUCCCUUUGUUUACAUCCAUUACUUUAUCAAAAAAUUUGUUGAUGAAUCUAAUCUGAAAGAUCUAGUCCCUACCGCUGUGGAUUUUAUGAUGACUGUAAUUAAAGAUAUCAAUUUGAUGGAUAAUCGAGCAUUAGUAAUUGCUGCAGCCGCAGUCUUAGCAACAUUUGAUACCCAAUUAUCUAGAACAGCCGUGGAGCUGAAGAUAAGCUUGAUCCCAUCAUGGGAGUCGAUAGAAAUUGAACAUAUAUUUUCUUGUUAUAAGUUAAUGCGGCAAAUAGAGAUGGCAAAAAUUAAGUCACCCAAAUCAGUGAUUUCACCGAAGUUGUUGGCAACACAUUCAAGCUCUGCUGGUGAUAACGAUAACUCUUCCAUCAUCACAACUGUGGGCGCUAAAAGAAAACUCACAUUCAAUAACCACGAUAAUGUCGGUUACAUAAAAUCAUUCAAAAAUAGUUGAUGGUAUUUGAUUUUUUUAGCAAUGGAGUUUGAUCUUCUUUGCAAAUAUUAGUGUUUCUUGAUUGGAUUAUAGGAUUUUCUUUGCUCCCCAAAAAGGAAAAAAAAAAAGAAAAGGAAAUUGAUUCUUGUUAUUAGAUAGGAGUGAGUGUUACCCACUAUUUCAUCAUAUGAUAUGGACUUGAUUGGGGGUUCCAUUUUCCAAUAUCCAAGAAAAGUCUCUGCCAGACACACCCAAGCAGAUGGAGAAAAGGGAAAGCAAAUGAAUAAAAAGGAUGACUUUAGCCUACAAAGAGAAGUGAGAAGCUGAUUAAAGUCCAGAAGGCAUUAAGGAAGUGAGGGCCAAGGAGUGUCCAUAAUGCCAUUAAGAACUGUAUGUCUUUACUUAUUCUCAGGAGUGUUUGCUUUUCAUGAAUGCUGCAUUUGCCAACCCACUUUUUCCUUUGUUCUAUUUAAUUAUUUCCUCCUUUUUUUUAAGGAAAUAUUAAAUGUAUACAUCACUUGCAGCCCUGCCUUUUGAUGAGGGGCUUGGGGUGCUUCCUAUGUCUUCAAAAGGCUGAAAGUCAUGAGGGAUGAGCAAUGAGGAUUGAGGAGCUGUUUUUGCUUGAUUUAAUGCAUCUGUGUUGCAUUUGGGCUGUGAAAAAGUAUGUAAAAGUGAAUGUGAGUGGAUUUGUUUGAAUGUUGGGGAUUGCUUCUUGAUAGGUGGGAAGCUUCUCUUUCACAAUUUCACUGUUAGCUUGCACUGUGUAUGGGGUCAUGAAACCCCAAGAUAACAUUUUUGGAAUCAAAUAGUAAUUGUUUUGCUGAUUUUUCUGUA